AUGUUUGCCACGUUGGAUUUAUCAAACGGAUACAUGCAAAUUCCGUUGAAUGAAGAUGCCAAACAUAAAACAGCGUUCAUUACUCCAGAUGAGACAGCACAGUUCGAAAGAUUACCGUUUGGUUUGAAGAAUGCUCCUGCUGUGUUUUGGAAGUUAAUGCAAAAGGUUUUCCAUGACUUGAAAAGUAACGGUGUACUAAGGUACUACUUAGAUGAUAUGAUCAUCCCAGCUGAAAACUGGAAGCAUCUAUUUGGGAAACUCAGGUUGGUGUUUGAGGCGCUCAGAGGUGCCAAGCUGACAUUAAAACGAAGCAAAUGCAAUUUUGGAAAAACUGAGUUGGAGUUUCUUGGUUUCAAGGUAGCUGUGGGGACAGUCAGUCCUGGGAAAAAAGCAAACGCUAUUGGGGAUUUUGCUCAACCGUCAAAUGUGCAUGGCCUACGACGCUUUCUUGGACUGGCAGGGUUUUUUAGACGAUUUAUGCACAAUUAUGCUCACCAAGCAGAACCGUUAACUCGUCUAACAAAAAAAGGUGAACCUUUCCUGAGGUCAGAGGAACAGGACAGAGCGUUCAAUGAACUGAAACGUCUGCUAACCAGUAAACCCAUACUGAAAAUGUUCAACCAAGAUUCACCAUUUACCGAGGUGCACACCGACGCUUGUGCCGACGGGUUGGCAGGCAUGUUACUUCAAGAGGACACGGAUAAGAUGUUACACCUAGUCUACUGUGUGAGUAAGAAGACUACUCCGGUAGAGCGCCAUUAUCAUACAAGUCGUUUAGAGUUGAUGGCAAUCGUGUGGACACUGGAAAGGCUACGCUCGUUUUUAUUGGGCAGAAGGUUCACGAUUUUUACUGACUGUCAAGCAUUGAUUUAUUUGAACGAAUAUAAAACCACAAAACAUCAGAUCGCCCGAUGGUUUGACCGGUUACAGGAGUUUGAUUUUGAAGUAAGGUACCGGCCCGGUCCACGUAUGAGCCAUGUAGACGCUCUAAGCAGAGCACCGGUGGAAGAGACAGACACUUCAGAGGGUCAAUAG